CCUUCGCGGCGUACCUACUUUGGCCUAAAGUCCCUGAAACUCAAUACAGUAUAAAUCUUCUUCGAGAAUAAGAAAUAUUUAGUUAAACACGUAAAGAAUCCCAAGAAGACGUACGUUCACGUGGUCAGAGCGUGAUGUAAGUUGCGAACAAAAUGAUGCAAGAUACGGCCGUCCCGCAAUGACUAAACAUGACCUACAGACCUUCCGCUACGAGUUGUGCCUAGCAUCAUGGAAUUGCCUCAAAGACUCGAAACCCAUCUCGAGUAUACUAUAACCAAUUACCUAAAAAUGGAAGGAAUCGUGAAGUCGACAUAUUUUAACUUUAGUAAGGACUUUUUACCAUCCCACGUAUUUCUAGAUUUACCAAGUACUCAUAAAUAAUGUUUUUGAACAAUUCGUACUUCAAUGUACUCCGUAAAGUUGACAAAAGUUGGGAAGAACGUAGGCACGAAAAAACUAAGACACCAUUUUGGAAAAGACGAUUUUCRCGAUCUACCUCGUCUCAGUCUUCCAAAUCCUACUCGUCAUUAAGCAGUGACGAAUCAGGGCUMUACAGUGCUGAUAUCAAUUCGGGUUACUAUGGAGAUGAUGAAGUUGAUCCCUGUCCGAAAUGUAUUGCAAAUACACCAGUCAACGGAAUCAAAGCUGACAUUGAUGACUAUGACGUCAUUAGUAUAGAGGUAAACGUACGCGAGAGAAAACGCAACACAACGCAAAAAAGCCAAACGUUAGAUUUAUUCAAUAACUUUUACGAUGAUGAGUUUGUCGUCAUUCCCUCGUCUAGAGAGGAGUUCUGUUCAGGGAAUUUUAAACACAGCACCCCUAWAAAAGACUCUUCCGAACCAAAGGAUAACCUUGUGACYUGUAYACCSAAAGUUGUAACGCCYGUCACGCAAACUGACGGUGGRUGUUCUUGCGUCACGCCUCAAAAACUUAUUCGUUUUCGACUUUAUGCGCCAAGGAGAAGCAGUAGUGACUCAGGAGUAUGGUGGAGAGAGAAUAUUUCAUGGCAGCUAAAGCAGCGUAACAAAACUCAAACGACAAACUUCGCGCAACUACAGGARCAGACGGCUAGUCAUGCKAARCCCCGAGUACGAAUCAAUAGAGAACUUGCAGAUUAUCUCAAUAAAUACGCCGAGUUUCGGCCACAUAAUGAUGAGCUGAACAAGGCGUUUUACGACGCUAAUGCCAUUGAUAAUGCAGAGAUUUUACAAGCGAUUCGCAGUCAUAGUGGAAUCGAYAAAACGACAAGACUUCGUGCCAAUAGUGUCGCUCAUCGUGCGAAGACAUACAURGAGUCACAAAAGCAAUCUAAGGAAGUAAAAGACACAGAUGACGAGGGCAGCARUAUCUCUUACUUAAGGAAGCGAUCYCGAUCGAAGCCARCCCAGUACCGCGCGGACCGACCCAUAAUGCCACGRUGGCGUGAAAGCAUUAGCAGUCAACUAGAAAUGAGGAACUUUUUAGAGUGCAAAUACUUCACGGACGCCAUAGUCAGGCGUAAACUAUCACAGCUCAGUAUCAGUUUCUCUCCAACAGCCUCCAAAUCAGAAGARAUUUUAACAGAUUAUGAYGUCAUUACGGACGAUGACGUCAGUACAGUKGUGAUGACACGRAGCUCGACCAAUAACAGUGAGUCAAUUUCACAGGGAUAUCAUAGCUCUCCCCCAGGGCCCUGUUCUAAAGAUCCAUCAGCAUUUAUUAUUAGAGAUUUAGAUGCUAUUUAUGGUAAGAAUCAGAACAUAGUGAAAUCAUAGCGACAUUAGUAUUAUAUACUAAAAUAAAAARCUUAGCUUAGACUUUGUUUACAUGGAGCACAAGUUUGGGGUUGCCUCGGUUWUAGGACAGGUCCUGGCUGUUYACACAUUAUUYYUGCUGGGCAGAUGAAGCCAGUUACGGUUUUCCCUAGUUCUUGUCCGCCUCCAAAUUGGACGGGACUGAGGUUCCGAACAUUUUCAGCUCCGCGUAAUCACAGUCUAGCUUAGUAUAGUCUACGCAAGUAUUCUUAUAUGAAAAUAUUUCUCACUAGACCACUUGCAAUUCGUGGGAAUGAAGUUCCACCUGGUAUACAAAAUGAUGGGCUCGUAGCUCUUAGAGUGCAGAAGUCAUUUUGGUUUAUGUUCCCCAGAUGAAUCUGAAGUUUACCGUGAAUUGAAAGUGGGGAUUAUUUGUUUUUAGCCAUUUCUAUAAGAGUAAAUAGAAUAAGGAAAUAGCAGUCUUAAACAAAGAGAAAUCAAUGUGGUUAUCCACAUUCAACGCAAAAUCAUGAGAUUCGUGACUCGAAUCGUUUGUAGUAAACAUUUCUAUAAUACACGGACAUAUAAUCGAAAGGUUUGCGUUUGUUUUCUUUUCUGUAAAAAUGGUUAUACGAUUUUUAUCUCRAUCUACUUUUAUUCAUAAUAGUCUUUUAAGACUAUUAAAAUUUAUGGUCAAACUAAAAACAUUUUAUUAGCGCGAAUAUUUUGUAAAAUUGUUAUGGAACGACCGCACCAAGUGGCAUGCGAUCCAACGGUACAAAAAAAAAAUGUAAAUAUAACAAAUAAUCUGAGGCAACACUAAAUAAUCWCUAAAUAAAAACAAAUUUACUUAUUCUGAGCAUUUUAGGAUUUUUUUGUAUGUCAGAUCAGCAACUCGACCAAAAUUGGUCCAUAUAGAACCUCUUCUUUUGUUAAACACAUUUUUUUCCAAAAUGAGUGUUGGAUAUAUCACAGUACGAUAUAUAAAACUAUAAAGGUUAUUUCAUUGAGUGAUUUUAUUAAUUUAUUAACUAAUUUAUUUUGUGUUCAUCUGAAAUUUGAUAAUAUAAACAGACUUACAUCUAAUUAUAAAAACUUUGUCCUAAGGAAACGGACAUUUGUACCUUAGUCUAAAAGGAACAUCAAAAAGACAAUGAAAAGGUUCAGGGCUAGUGAUCUCUUCCUCUCUCUAGGAACAUAUUUUUGUAAAUAAUUAUGUAGKUGUAUACAUGUACAUAAUUACAGAAACAUUGUCCAAGAAWAAGGUAAAAACUAGMGGUGAACUAGUGUGAGCAGCGUCCGUGUUUYUAAAGAAACAGUUGURAAAAAAGAUAAAUUGAACCGGCACCGUAAAAACGUAGGUGACUAAAACACCUUACUGACGUUUCGGACGUUAAUUCUUUGUCUCUCAGCGACGAAGGAUUAACGUCCGAAACGUCAGUAAGUUGUUUCACCUACCUUUUUACGGUGUUCAGGCUCAGUUUAUCUUUUUACACAACUGUUCAAAAAAAAUAACUUUUGCUAAUUUAGGAAUUGAUUAAAAUAUAAAAGAAAGUGUUCACUUUCAGUGCUCAUCUAUUGUCCUUACUGUAUUCCUAAAUCACUAAGGCCCAGGACAACGUUUUUGUAAGUAGGUGUGUGCCUAAAAUUAUGUUUACUGACAAAUAUAUUUUAUCUAUUAAGAAGCUAUUUUAUUACAUUUAAGAUUUAUUAAUCAAAAUUGAGAAUGAAAUAAGAGCGAUACUUUGUGUUUAGACUAACAAAGAAGCUCUAGGACUAAUCCUGUAGGAACUAUAAACCUAGUAAUUUUGCGAGUUGUUUUCUAGUUGUCACAUGAAUAAUAGAAGCUGAGACCCAAAGGUUACAUGGAAUAUCACUGAUAAAACUSUAUAUAAAAUCAUCGUUAUGCUAUUAUAUUAAAAACUUUUGUACAGUGUUU